GCGCGGACGGUGGAUGGGACGUGGUGAACGACGACACUGGCAUAAGUUUCCAUCCGUGGACUGCCCAUAACUGUUAAGUCUGGCGUACCCAUCUUUAUUAGCACUCUGCGAUCGCUUGUCAUGGCCGCAGAGUGGCAGCCAGAAGCGUGCCGUGUCCUUCAUGAUCUCCUGACCACGGCAUUGCGAUCUCCGUCCGCGAACGUUUCCAGGAAGCUUCAGGUUACCUUAUCUCAGCUUGGGACAGUUCUGUGCAACCCUUUCCAUGCGGAGCAUAAACUUAAAACGGCCAAGAAGGAGCUCCAAGAAGGAACGAUUGUCAUUAACGGAAGGCGACAGCACGCCAAUGCGCAGUUUGUCGAGGCAGCCAUCUUUCUCUCUGAUGUUCUUGAUAUCCAUGAGACACGGGCUGCAGCUCUAUUUCAAUAUGCUUGUGCUCAACGUGCUCGAUACGAGGGUUGGUCACCGAUCAAGAUUGCAGUAGAUGCCUAUCAUACCGAGCGAGGUUAUAUGCUCGAGAGUGUGGUUCUACUUGUAACCAGAUUUGUAGCCGGAAAAGCACCGGAGGAAUCAAUGGCUGGAGUCAAAACAUUUUUGGAGGGAAUGAUUGAGCCAACUCCUUCUUACGCCCAGACAUUGCUUAAAUCGAUGACUGAUAUGGAAUCCAGAAUUCAAAAGCUUACCAGAGAUCCGACGCUCAAUGGCAUUCUGACACAAACGAAAAUGCAGAACCUGGGAGUCGAAGAUGAUAUUGUUGCGUUGCAUACAAAAUUCCUAGAAAAGGAGAGAACACGACUGGGGGAUAUAUUCUAUUAUGUCACUGCCAGAUGGAAGCUGGGUAGCGAGGAGUGCGUGAAGGUGCUACGGAUACUGCAGAAGGCAGAAACUCCCAACCUUGUCACCGUUUCACUCUUGUGCGCGUUUAUGAUCAACUUCGAUCGGUUUCACCCAACGAUUGAUCCUGACAUGGAGGAAAAGGAAGAUCCUGACGCUGGGGUAAUAGAUUUGCUGCAAAAAGAGAUUCAAAGUACAGCAUGGGUUUUGCCAGGACUGAGAGGCGUAGUCUGGACGCAAUGGGCGUGUUUUCUUCACGGUUACUUUUUGAAUAAAUCGGACGCCGCGCCGCGAGAUGACGGUUUGCACAUCUCUGCCAGGAUGCAACAGGAUACCGUGAGCCGCAAGUGGAUGGAAAGUGUGGGUCGGCAUCCUGAUGCAUACAAUUUCUUGGUGGACUUUGUGAUACCAUUUCAGAGGAGUAAGGAGGAAAUUCGGCUUGCAGAAGUGCGUGGAACUCCGACACUGUAUAUAGACGAGGAACUGCGUGAAGAGUACAUAUUCCGUGUGGAGCAUCUCAUCGACGGGAUUCUGUUGCACCUAAGACGGUAUUUGAAAGAAGUCAAGAACGCCGACGAAGAUGCAACACGGGCUGCGGAGGAACCAAUCGAGCGUGGUCGCUUUGGAAGCUCCCACGCCCCUGUACCUAGCAGCUUGUCGCCACCAGGUGGUCCAGUGCGACGAACCGCGUGGGAAGCACUUUUAUCCUUGAUAACAAUUUUGUAUCGUGACCGACCUGAUGCUGGGAUGAGUUUUUGGAAGGAUCCGCGGACCGAUAGGAUGGAUUACGAUAGAGCAGAUGGCACUUUCUCCGAAACACUUGAGAAACAGGCCUUUGUGAAAAUGGCAGCAGAUGUUACGACCAGCCGAUUUUUGAAAGCCUUCAUCGAUAUGCUAGCGUCUCUGGCAACGGGCAAAGUGUCCGCUCAGGAAGUGCAUAUCCGACUCAAUGCAGAAGUCAGCCAAAGUCAAUUGGGCAAAGUCCUGUGGACAACGUUCUUUCGCUCUUUGACGGGUGCCAUCGACGUUUUAAGUAGAGGCGCGCCUGAAUUGAAGCCGGAUGAAUUGGGACUGAUAAUGGCUUUCCUGCGUCUUCUGCGCCAAGUCGUUAAGUUUUCUUAUCAUGCGCGGCGAGUUCUUUGCGAUAAUCAGCAGUUGCGAGCAUUGUCCACUUUAUUCCGGCUUCUUGUGAGCAGAGUUCCCGUUGAACUGAAAGGCGCAUUGCUGGAGAGCAUUGCUGCUUUUUGUAUCCCAAUCGGCAAUUCAUACGCUAUCCAGAGUCAAGUGUGGUUGUUGCUGGAGCAAACUCAGAUUGUCCCCACAAAGCCACCAAAUCGAGGCGCCCAGUUUACAAAUGCAUUGUACAGCGGCAGUUCGCAACCGAUGCCAAUAUCUGAUGACCGUCGUGAUGGCAUCGCUUAUGAUUUAGAGGAAAGAGAGCGCCCGAUUAGGACAUACCCGGAGACACUAGCAUUUCUUCGACUCUUGGCAGUGCUAUUGCAUGGACCGAAAAAUGCGCAGAUGGUGUCUGUGUUGGAACAACUUGGCUUACCGGAGCGCGCACCAGGAAUAGGACCGUAUAUUCGAUUUGUAGCUGACCAUGUGUUCCUAACGGCGCAAUCUCGAGAGUUCAAUUACGAAGACGAAAGAUGGGAAAUGAUAUCCACCUGCCUGACAAUUUUUGAGAAAUCCUUGCAGUUGUUUGAUCUAGGCUCCCUUAUGUCCGAAAGAUGGGAUGGCGAUAAGGGCACCGGCAGUAAUGCUGAGCAAGUUUUGACCGGUCAUGGCGGAUUUGGACCAAAUAUCCUCCACAAUGCGCGAUCGCUGGUGUUACAUCCCGGAUUUGAGAUCGAAAGUCGCAUUCUGAACGACUCCAAGUUUACCAAAAAACUUUUCGAACUCCUGUCCAUCGGCGUAGAAAGCGUAAACGAGAGUAUUGACAACGUACCACUGCGCGGACGGUCGGUUCUGCUAAUCUUCCGGAUUCUUCUGCGGGUGCUGCAGAAUCAGCGAGUUUUUUUGGAGAUUCUUGCGCCCGCUUUGUUAGAGGCACGAGCUGGAAGCGCCCCGGGAUUAUCCGCUUCCAUGUGUGGUCUCGAUCAACUGCUAGCAUGUAACAAGGAUGUCAUUGUCCAUAUAGUCCGGUAUCUUCUCUGCGCAGAUGAUGCGAUUGCCCUCUAUGCUGUACGUAUUGUGAACACCUUAUCUCAGUCACCAUUCCUCGGAAGUGCUGACGGAGGCGGGAGAGUUAAUCGACUGGUGAGCAUUCUUCAAUCUUCGGAGCAUCGCGACAUGCUUGUCAGAGGGUUCGUCAAACGCCUGGAAAUGGAGGAAGAGGAGCAAAAUGCUGCAGUCAUCGAAAAUGCGGAUAUAAGAGGGACGGAAGGUGGACCAAUGUUCAGCGAAGGACCGGACACUAAAGAGUCUUUGGCUUUGAUAGCGGAGAAUUGGCAGGACAAAAUCUGGCCUGACUACCAAGUCGGAUUGGUGCACAUGGUCCGUAUGGCUAUCCUCGAUCUACUCCUUGUCAAUGUCACCGCAGUCCGCCCUUCGCCGACAAUCGCGCAUUUUCUCCUUGGGUACACUGGACGCGUCUCAGCCGCGCAGUCAAGCGUUAAUGGUCCUUCGGGUUUGAGUGGCGAAUAUAAUUGUUUGCAUGCUAUCCUAAAUCUUAUCCGGGUCAGAGCGCGGGAUACGGCCAGACCGCACGAUGCACCUGAGUUUGAAGAUGUCCGAGCUCAACCCUUGUUUGUCACUCAUCCGCGUCUGGCAGAGCGUUGCUAUCGCCUAAUAUAUCACCUAUGCGCCGAUAGCUUCACAUCGGCCUCUACCAUGCGUUAUUUGCGAAAUACCGAAGACUAUUUCUACCGACAGCUGCAAGCCAUGCCAGUUGACAAAGUGGAGAUAUCGGAGGAUUCCGAUAUUGAAAAUAGCAUUCUAUUGGCGACAUUGCUUCAGCGUGCAUGGCUGAUGAAGUCGGUUGCCCUCGAGCUUCACGUUACAACUGGUGCACAACAACGGUCGCAUGCACAGAAAUUGGUCAAUGUGCUCUAUGUCGAGCCGAUGCAAACAACCGCAUCGCAGCAGACGGAAGACGAAGAUGACAUGGAGCUUGCAGACGACGAUUAUGAUGGCAUGGGCCCCUCGUCGAACUAUCCCACGUCGUUUGAGCAACCACUUACAAAGAUCAUGGAAAUCUUGAAUUCCAUGAGUUUCCAUGAUAUGGACGCUCAGAGUCUCUCAGUGAGCAUUCCAUCAAAGAUUCUGGAGAUGAUUAACUUGGAGGACUUCCGUCGGGACGGUAUAUACGAUAUUCGCGCUGUCCACCAUCACUUAGUUGCGAUAUCAGAAAAGUCGGAUCCAAAGGGGGAAGUACUCGGCGAGACAAGGAGGAUACUGUCAGAACUUCUCAGGAGUAACUUUGGUCAGGAGAUUGGCUCUGCUAGGUGCCAUUGUGCGCAGGCAUGGGGCCAAAUGGUGCAAGUUACUCUCACUCGGUGCUUUUCACUCAUCCCGGCUGAUGUUCGCGAGGGAAAACUGUUUGAGAUAUUAUCCACUUUACUGCCGAAGAUGAACUACAGUCCUACUGCCCCAUCGAUUGCCGAGGGAAUGUCUACCGUGGUGCUUGUUUUGCUAAAUGGGAUGCAGAAAGAUCGGACAUUCCAGUCCUUGAUACAGACGGCUACCUUACAAUCCGAAUCUACAAUAUCUACAAUUCGUUUGCCAACUGAGACUUUGCAACAGGUCGUACUUCGCGGGAUACUGGACGGAAUAGGAAAGUCGGCGGCCUCCUUAACUAUGCGAGGCAAUCUUUAUGUAGCACUUUUGAAGUUUCUGCAGUAUACGAAACCUGAAGAGCUGGAACUUCUUCAGCGCUCAGUGUUGGGUCAUUCCAUCUCCAAUGGCCAAGCCGAGAACGAUAACACGCUUUUGGUAGCUCGUCGUGAGCGCUUGCUUCAGGGCAACUAUCUUAUCAUAGAUGGCUAUGGUCAGAAAUUAUUGGACACGAUUUGUCCCGAUGCGACCGGUGGCAACGGUGUUUGGAAUAUAGUUUCCUUUGCGGUCCUUGAUGCAAUAUAUGAACUUGCAUCAUGGAGCAAAAAGGAGCAGAGAACAAGAGGCAAUGGGAUCCUUGAUAUUCUGGUCCAGCGCAAUUUCCUCGGUGACGUCGUCAGAACUAUUAAACAUGAGGAUGAUCGGGCAUUGCAGGAUCUCCUGAGAAAUGAGCCAGAUGCAAUGAAUUCGCAGCUCAUUUUUGAAGUGAAAAUGGCAUUCCUGCUCCGAUUGUCUUUGACAUCGGACGGAGCCAGAAAAUUGCUAGAAUAUGGAGUCUUUGAAGCGCUUUCAGAUUGUAGAUUUGUGGACCUUCGGCCCGACGUGGAAGCUCGCAUAACUGACUAUGAUGACAUAGUACCGCCUGCACAUGAGCGUUACCAUCAAGUUCUGCUGCCAACUUUAGAGCUUAUUUUAUCUGUAGCGCAACAUACUCACGACGACUACAGCGCGCCCGCCAGGGUUGCCGGCUUUGUGGUUGCCCAUCAGCAUGUUUUGGCAAAGAUAUUGAAAGAUAGCUCUCAGUAUAUCACAUUGGCAUCCUUAAAGGAGCUAGAACUGACGACGGGUCUGUUGUCAUACUUGGCCCCCCGGCAGGAGCUUAUGGAAAAAGAGUUACCUGUAGCUGGACACUCUAGCUUCCACGCCCUCCUCCUAGCCCUAUUGAACAAGUAUGCCUCACCAAGUCGAUGGAUUAGCCAGCUCAAGCCGAUUAGUCGGGUUGAACAGGAGAAGCAUCGUACCAUGGUCGCAUUCCUAGGAAGGCCUACGGAUGUCAGUAAUUUCCGGCAGGAAGCUGAGACCCUAGUAACCAGCAUUUGCCGAAAUCUAUUGUCUUAUUGUCGCACUGCAAGCGAGUGGAAAGAAGCUGAAGGAGGACUCGGCAAGUCAAUUGUUCCGCGGCCACCUUUAUUCACCCCGUCCUUUACCAUGGAAAAUGACCGGAUUCCGAGCGCUGGGUUGGUAGCAGGUCAACCAAGACCUUCCAUGUACACCAUUUGCGCGUUCACCUCACGAGUGGUCCAAACCCUGAUGCAGUCAAUUGAGGACUACAAGCAUUUAAGUCUUAAAAUUGCUGAAACGCAUCGACUGUCUGUCGAUGAAGUCAACGAGAUAACCCGUGAUGUCACCGAGUUUGAGGAAGAGCUGUCAGCCGCGCAGAGGCGACAAUGGGCUCUCCUUCAGCUUGAUAAGACUUUAAAGAAGAAGGCUGACGAUGUGUGGUCUUUCCUAUAUCUCCUUGAGCAUCUUCUGCUAUUACUAUGGCGUCACCUUGUAACGUUUAUCGCAGAAUAUCAUGUCAUGCCUCCGCGUUCCCGAAUAGCCACCGAGAAGGAGAAUUUGGGACCGCAAAUCAACACUUGCCUCGCUCCAAUAAUAACGCGUGUUCAGGCUCUCGAACUGAAUGAAGACAUUGUUGGUAGCCUAGGCAAUGUGGAGAGCCGAAAAACAUUUUUGAGCAUGCUCGUCCGACAAUUGCGAGAGCUCCUCCAAAGCGUACAGCAAGACUAAACGACCAAAGAAGAUCUUGGUCACCCUGGACAAUUCAUGCGGGCCUCAGAGUGCACGUAGAUUCGCGCGUGUCCCCGUUUGUGGAUUUAGUUAAUUGUAUAUUCUGUACAAACUCCUACCUGUCUGCCCCCCGCAACCCCACCAUCAGGUCAUCCGGAAAGAUGGACAUGGAUAUCGGAGUAUAUAUAUAUGUAUAAAGGGAAACUUUUCCGCUAAUAAAAUUCUGGAAUUGCACAUUAAAAGAA